AUGGGGUUUAGCACACUUUCUUGCCAGCUGUUGCUUGCUGCUGCGACUGCAUCUGCUAAAUGGAUUGUACCUGGAGCACGAUGGAGAGACACCAAGGGAGAGCUUGUGAACGCUCACGCUGGUGGAAUCACCAUAGAUCAAGAUACGGGAAAGUUCUUUUGGUUCGGGGAGUACAAAGUUGAAGGUCGGGUAGAAGGAGGCGGCGUCUCAGUGUACAGCUCCGAUGACCUAGCUACCUGGGAACAUCAUGGGCUUGCACUGAAACCCAUCGAAGGGCAUCCAUACAUCGACACCCAUCACAUCAUACAAAGACCCAAGGUAGCGUACAGCGAAGGUACGGGGAAGUAUCAUAUGUGGUGGCACGCCGAUAAUUCGACUUACGGCUGGUUGCUCCAAGGCUUCGCCGAAGCAGAUAACAUCACUGGACCCUACAAUUUUGUGGAUGCAACGAAGCCACUUGGCAAUUGGUCCCAGGACUUUGGCAUGUUCACCGACUACAAAGACGGCAAGACUUAUUCGCUGUACUCGAAUGGUGACCGCAAGGAGGGUCGCGAUGUUUAUCUCACUUCAUACAACGACAACAUUACCGCUCUUGAUGAAGUAGUUCAUAGAUUCGACAAGUAUGAUCUCGAAGCACCAACGAUCAUACAAACCGACAAGAGCUACUUCGCGCUGAUGAGCCACAAGACUGGUUACAGGCCAAACAAUGUGGUAGCCUUCCGCGCCGAUAAGCUCUCAGGCCCAUGGUCGCAACCCUUCAUCAUCUCACCUCUCAACACGCGCACUUUCAACUCCCAAUCUGGCUUCUCGCUGCGCAUCAACGGUACCAAACAAACCACCUACCUCUAUCUUGGUGAUCAAUGGGAUUCUAUCUCGCUCUGGGAAUCGCGCUAUAUCUGGUUGCCCCUCUGCGUUGACGAAGAUAAGAAAUCAAUCUCAGUAGAAUGGCACGAUAUAUACGACCUCAACGUCAAAACCGGCGAGGUUACGCCCAUCCAAGGCACGACAUACUACUCGAAAGAUGCAAUCACGUCUGGUGAUGCUUUCCAUCAAGAAGCUGCAUUUGGCUCGCAUGCAAUCAUCACCACGGGUAUCUCCGGAAACGAAAGCACUGUGAUUUUCACAAACGUCACCGGCACUGGAAAGCCGCAAUGGGUAUCAUUUUACUACCAAAACACCGACGAUAUGGGUUUCGGCGACCAGCCUGGAGGCUCGCCCGAUCGUAUUGGAGGCACAUGGGCCCUGCGCAGGAUCAGUAGUGUUGUGGUCAACAACAAGACGGAGGAGAUCGAGACGUUGUAUCAGCGUGAUACACACAAAGGAAUCAUUUUGAGCACGCCGUUGUUGUUGAAUCUGGAAGAUGGGCCAAAUGAGAUUAGAAUUGGCGGGCUGAGCAAUAACCAGACAUUCAAGGGGGCGGAUAUCGAUAGGAUCGUGGUGUUUCCACCCGAAGAGUAG